UCUGCAUGUGUAUAAAAAGCUCUAACGACCAAAACACCAUCAGAUUUACCUUGACCUGCUCUGGGACAGAUUGUGAAGAGACGACUGUAAUCAGUGAAACAAUGCUGAAGGUCGUAUUUGUGCUGGGAUGCCUCCUGUGUCUCACUCUGGCUUAUUCUGAUGACUCGGCAUCCAGCCGGGAGAACCGCUCACUUCGGGGCCCUCAUCCUCCUAGGGGCCGUGGUCCUCCUCAUGGCAAACCAGGCCACCAUGGUGUACCUGACGAUAUCCUUCAGAAGCUUCUUGAGUUUCUGCGCACCAGUACUACCACCACUACUACUGCUGCAACUACCACCGCAGCUGCAACUACCACCGCAGCUGCAACUACCACCGCAGCUGCAACUACCACCGCAGCUGCAACUACUACCACAGUGGCAGCUACAACAUAAAGAAUCUUCUCUCCCCACUAAAUAUGGCAAAUAACAUCUCCUGAUUCUUCAUGCUGUUUCCUAAAUAAAGUACAAGUUGAAUGCA